AAACAAGCCCUCAGGAAUGAUUGAACAAAAUUGUGAAAAGGGUAGAGUACCAUUAUUACAAAGUACUACAUGCCAAGGGGAAGAAGUCAUUUACUACCAAUCCCAACAAGUUUGUUGGGUUGAUGAUCACAAAGUCAUUUGGGUGGGUAGGCACAAUCAAAACCAUGCCAUCAGGAAAGAAUGGACGGCCCACAAUUGCCCUCUCUCACUGGCAGCUCAGGUAAUGAUCACGUGACACUCUCCACAUAACAUGUCAAACACCCCUUGGCCCUUGCUUUUCCUAUCCCAUUUGCACUCUUUUUAUGUUCAUGUCACCGUGAUUCGGCGUCUUUCACGAUGACAUCAAUGAACCAUCUUCAACCGUUUGAUCACAGUCCCCCGUAUCCAUUUUAAUCCGUUGAUCACCCUCUUAUCCUGCCUAGAUCCUUUCUUCAAUAAGCCAAAGGCCAAAGCAAUUGUAGUAGAUAUAUGAAAACACAGGAAAGUAAAGCACAUGUAGCCAAAGAUCCUUCCUCUCUCUAUUCUGUCUCUCAUUAUACUGCAAAAGCCCGGACGCCCUUUUUCUUCCCUUCUCUGUCUUAAAAUUGCUGUACCAUAAAAAGACCAGGUUUUUGAAGCAACAUUUGUGAAAAUGGAAAAUGGGGUAGGAAUGGUUGAUGAUUCUGUUAUGUUAGACAAUAAGAUUGUGGAAGAAAGAGUUGCCAAUGAGAAAGCGGAGGAGAGGGUUGUCGGGGGUUCAAAUGAAACUAUGGAUGUAGAAGAUGAGGUUUUUGAGGAGGCAAUUGGAACACAGGAGCAUUUGCAGGAGCAAACAGAAAAAUUUGAACCGCAGGACAGCAGUCUAGUUGCUGAUGAAAUUGGAAAUGGCGAGACAUUUGGUGACACUGUUUCGGAUGAAGUUCAGGAGAAUUCAAAUUUAGAACCUGAAGCAGAGAUCUUUGAAGAGGCUUUGGAGGUUCCAACUGAGAUUGGACAUCGGGAGGGCGUGAUUCGAAGUGAUGUCGGACCUCAGGAGGAUGCUGCAGUGUCAGUGGAUGAGCAGAAAGUGGUAGAACUGUUGGGCGGGGAGCGUGUUAGUGGUGGUGUAGUGUUUGAUAAGAUUGAUGAGGGAGGGAUUGAAAUGGGAGCAGGGGCUGAUGAAUUGAAUGGUGGAAAGGAGGUACCUGAAAUCAGUGGUACUGGAGAAAUGGAAGUCUUGAGGGAUGAGGCUGAAGGAAAUCUAAAGUCCUAUACUGCAAUUAAGAAGCCUGUAAAAGGUGAUGCUGAUAAGGUAUAUUUAGAGGAAACAUUGGCAGACAAAAAUUUGGGAACUUUAGAAGGUGAUAACGUGGAGAAGGAUUUAAAAAUGGAAUCCAAGUUGGAGGUUUUGACACAGGAGGGUAAGGGUGAGGAAUCAAGGGAGGAUGCACUGGCUACUGAUUAUCAAGACGAAAAGGUUGGGGAUUCUGCUUAUACUUCAGCUGGCAUGAUUGUCAAGCUUCAAGAUGAUGAAGUCGUUGAAGCAUUGAAUGACAAGUCAGCUAAUGUCGAUACAGGAGAUCAGGGAAAAGAAAGCAAGGAAGUUAAAGGUGCCACAGCUGAUCUUGAUUCAGUGGAUGGUGGAGAUGAGAGUGAAAAAGCAAAUAAGGCUUUGGCUAGUGUGGAGGCAGUAGAUAACAGGAAUGGAGAAGUAAAAGAUUCAUCCGACGUGAGGGACAUAAAGCAUAAUGGUGAGAUUCAUGAAGUGAAAGAUACAGUGUCUGAGCUGAGUACAUCUGUGGAAGGGACAGCUGCUAAUGAAUUUAGAAACUUAUCUGUUGCAGAAAAGUUUAGAGAUGAGAUGAAUGAGAAGGUUGAGGCUGGUAAAACUGAUUUGAGAACAGAGGCUCAUGAUGUUUUUCAAUCUCAGCCUCCUGAUGAAAUAGUGGAUAAAGUUCAAGAUACUCAUUCUGUGACUGAAGAAUCUGACAAGAAAGCAGAGAAAGGUCAGGAAGAUAAGCAAAGCACCCAAAUGACUCUAGAGCAGGAAGUGCAACAUGCUCCAGGAUCUGUGUUGUCUGCAAAAGCUGAAGAGUCUGGAAAGAAAGUAGCUACAGAUCAGGAGCUCAAGCAAAACAUCCCCGUGAUUAGAGAACGUGAAAUUCUACCUGCUACCAUGCCUUCAUCAACUGUAAAAUCUACAAAUUCUGCUACCUCUCCUUCUCAUCCUGCUGGCCUUGGGCGUGCUGCUCCACUGUUGGAGCCUGCUCCUAGGGUUGUGCAACAGUCUCGUGUAAAUGGCACUGUCUCUCGGACACAGGCACAACAGAUUGAAGACCCUGCUAAUGCGGAGGCUGAGGAGAAUGAUGAGACUCGUGAAAAGCUUCAGUUGAUUAGAGUCAAGUUUUUGCGGCUUGCUCAUAGGCUUGGGCAGACUCCCCAUAAUGUUGUUGUGGCACAGGUUUUGUACAGGCUAGGAUUAGCCGAGCAGCUGCGGGGGAGAAACGGGGGCCGUGUUGGUGCCUUUAGCUUUGACCGUGCAAGUGCUAUGGCAGAACAGCUUGAGGCAGCUGGGAAUGAACCCCUUGAUUUCUCUUGUACAAUUAUGGUCCUUGGGAAGACAGGAGUUGGUAAAAGUGCUACUAUUAAUUCAAUAUUUGAUGAAGUUAAGUUUGGUACUGAUGCUUUCCGAACAGGUACAAAGAAGGUUCAGGAUGUUGUGGGUACUGUACAUGGUAUUAAGGUGCGUGUAAUUGAUACACCAGGCCUUUUGCCUUCCUGGUCUGACCAACGCCAGAAUGAGAAGAUUCUUCACUCUGUUAAGCAUUUCAUUAAGAAAACACCUCCAGAUAUUGUUUUGUACCUUGAUAGGUUGGACAUGCAAACCAGGGAUUUUGGUGAUAUGCCCCUCUUGCGCACCAUCACUGAGAUCUUUGGUCCAUCCAUAUGGUUUAAUGCAAUUGUGGUUUUGACUCAUGCAGCUUCUGCUCCGCCUGAUGGUCCAAAUGGUACUGCUUCUAGUUAUGACAUGUUUGUCACUCAACGUACUCAUGUUGUCCAGCAGGCUAUUCGUCAGGCUGCUGGGGAUAUGCGGCUCAUGAAUCCUGUUUCAUUAGUGGAGAACCACUCUGCAUGUAGAACAAAUAGGGCAGGCCAGAGAGUGCUGCCAAAUGGUCAGGUUUGGAAGCCUCAUUUGUUGUUGCUCUCCUUUGCAUCUAAAAUACUUGCUGAAGCGAACGCACUUUUGAAGUUGCAAGAUACUCCUCCUGGAAAGCCUUUUGCUACUCGAACAAGAGCACCUCCUUUACCUUUCCUUCUUUCAUCUCUUCUUCAAUCAAGACCGCAAGUUAAGCUGCCUGAAGAGCAGAGUGGUGAUGAUGAUGAUUUAGAUGAUGAUUUGGAUGAAUCUUCAGACUCUGAGGAUGAGUCAGAAUAUGAUGAGUUGCCACCUUUCAAGCGGUUGACUAAAGCACAGAUAGGGAAGCUUAGUAAAGCUCAGAAGAAGGCAUAUUUUGAUGAGUUAGAAUAUAGGGAAAAACUUUUUAUGAAAAAGCAACUGAAGGAAGAGAAAAAGCAGCGAAAGAUGAUGAAGAAAAUGGCUGCUGCAGCUAAGGAUCUGUCAAGUGAGUAUGGUGAUAAUGGAGAAGAAGAAAGUAGUGCUGCUUCUUCUGUUCCAGUUCCCAUGCCAGAUUUGACCUUGCCUGCUUCUUUUGAUUCUGAUAAUCCUACUCAUCGGUAUCGUUACCUUGAUUCCACCAACUCAUGGCUUGUGAGGCCUGUUCUAGAUACUCAUGGUUGGGAUCAUGAUGUUGGUUAUGAAGGUAUUAAUGUGGAAAGAUUGUUCGUUGCCAAAGACAAAUUCCCCAUUUCAUUUUCUGGCCAGAUUACGAAGGACAAAAAGGAUGCCAAUGUCCAAAUGGAACUAGCCAGUUCUUUAAAGCAUGGGGAAGGUAAAGCAACUUCAUUAGGUUUUGAUAUGCAGACUGUUGGCAAGGACUUGGCCUACACUAUGCGCAGUGAAACAAGAUUUAGUAAUUUAAGGAAGAAUAAGGCAACAGCUGGCAUCUCAGUUACACUCUUAGGUGAUGCAUUAUCGGCUGGAGUGAAAGUUGAAGAUAAAUUGAUUGCUAAUAAGCGGUUCCAGGUAGUCAUGACUGGGGGUGCUAUGACUGGUCGUGGCGAUAUUGCAUAUGGGGGUAGUUUGGAAGCACAAUUGAGGGAUAAGGAUUACCCCCUGGGUCGCUCCUUGUCUACGCUUGGGCUUUCUGUCAUGGAUUGGCAUGGAGAUCUUGCCAUUGGAUGCAAUAUACAGUCACAGAUUCCUGUUGGACGUUCUACAAACUUAAUAGCACGUGCCAAUUUGAAUAACAGAGGUGCUGGACAAGUCAGUAUACGAAUAAAUAGCUCAGAACAGCUUCAGCUCGCUUUGACUGCUCUCCUUCCACUUCUGAAAAAGCUACUUGAUUAUACCCAGCAAAUGUAGUAUGGACAAUGAUGAAAAUUAGGUUACAUGUGCGAUAGCAGGUAUGCGGUGAUAGAACAUUUUUAUAAUGGCCAUCUCUCAGUGGUCUUCAAGAGUGAAAGUAAGGUGCUGAAAUUUCAAUAAUUUUCCUUCUUUUUUUGUUUUUUAAUAGUGAUUGUAGUUUCUUUGUUAGAUAUUUUUCAUAAGGUUACUUUUAUUCCCAUGAAACUAUGGUCAAGAAUUGCUUCUUUUCUUCUGUGAGUGCAGAAACUCAAUUCAUCUUUAAUUUUGUUGAUCCCAUUGCCACCAUUUUAUUUCUAUGCCUGUCAAUGAUUGGCUAACAUGGUGCCUUGGCCUUUCAGGGCUGAACCACUAAUGGAUACUUGUCGAAAGAAGAGAGUUGUACCAAUGUGUCAAAUUUUGUUUGCUAUUUCUUUGUAUUUCAUGCUACAAGAUCAUAAGGAUGUUGCAGAAAAUCUCUGGUUAACACUGGGAUUAGAUUUAGGGGAAAUUAUGAUAUACAUUAAUGUUCAAAUCUCCAUCUCUCUUAGACUUGAAAACUUCAGACUGAGGAGAUUGGUUCCGUAAAGUCCCAUAAUACUAUGCCAAAGUUAAAUUUCAGGUGUGGAGAAUCGGAAUAUAAUUGUUGGAAUAAUCUUGGUUGACACUAGUGAUUCAAACCAUAUCAACUGAAAAACAAGUAACCUGGAUGGUUUGAUCUUGAACCGAUAUCAAAACAAUUGAAAAAGAAAAGCUAUCAUUCAAUAAUGAAUAACUACAAUGUUAUAUUUAAGAACAGCCGAGGCAGCAAGGA